UUUUGUUAUCGCAAAAGAUAUCGGCCGGUGUUGUUCCAUAAUAACCAACCCGUCGCACCCCAGAAGUUUUUUUUGCAAAAAACUAUAAAAUAUAUUCUCAUUGAGAGAUAUUUUAUUAAAUUCAACAGUUAAAAACUAUUCAGUAGCAUAAUGCCUUCAUACAUUGACAACGAAGACCCACAACAGAGCAAAGAAGUUGCUGAAUGGAUACGCUUCGGAAUGCGAUUGGGAGUAAGCGCUGCUCUCCAUCCAUUAGAAUACUCCAAAGUUCUAAUACAAUUGGGAUAUGAGCCAAUUGCAGCAGUUCCAGGAAAAUCUCUGCUGGGCAAAAAUAUAAUGAUACUGCCUAAUAUUUUCCAAUAUGCUGGCCAUAUCCGAAAAAUUGAUGGUUUUUAUGGUUGCUAUCGCGGUUUGACACCGAAAUUGGUGGGUGCCAUAUGCAGCAUGGUGUUUAGUGAAAAGGUGGCCGAUCGUUUGGGAUUACAGGCAAUUGAGGAUGCCAAAGACGAUGAGCCAUUAACGGAUGAGGAAUUGUACUACCAAUUUAAACACAACUUGAAACGUGAUGUAGUCUUAAGUGUUUCCGGCAUUAUAGUGUCUCAUCCUUUCCAUGUAAUUUCGGUGCGCAUGAUGGCUCAGUUCAUUGGCCGUGAAUCUUUGUACAAAUCAAUAUUGGGCUCCAUAGCUGAAAUUUACAAGCACGAAGGAAUAUCAGGGUUCUUCUCAGGUCUUGUACCAAAACUGUUGUGUGAUGUGGCCUGUUUGGUGUUGACCAGCUCCACAGUGUUUUUGAUUAGUAAAUAUGUUGUCAAAGACAAAUUGGGGCGCAUGUAUACUGCCGGCUUUACCCAGUUUGCAUUUUCAAACAUUUUAUAUCCACUAAAUGUGGUGUCAACAUGUAUGACCGUAUCUGGUUCAAGAUUGAUGGCUGGACAACCACCCAUUAUGGCACAAUACAAUGGAUGGAGAGACUGCUUCAAUGAUUUACAGUCACGCAAUGAAUUGAAGCGAGGAAAUUCGCUUUUCUGGAGGGCUGCUGGAGGCUUCUCAAAGCCCAUGUUUAAUAAUCGCGGCUUUGCUCCAAUGCCCACCAUAGCCAAAUAUCAAUAAAUGUGAUGGAUGGGUAAUCCAGUGGAGAAUAUCCAUGCCAAUAACAAUCCAACCACCUAUCAAAAAACCAACGUAUCACCUCUUCUUCAUUGUUCAGCCUUAACUAUUAUAUUCGAUACUUUGUUUUUUUUUUUUUUGGAUUUCUUUUCAUAUUCCAUAACUGUUGUUAAUGAUGAUAAGAGAAUUAUUUGUUUGUGACUCAGUAGCAUUUGAUUUUAGUGAUGAUGAUCAUCAACAGCUAGCAGCAAUUGUUAUUAUUACUUAUGACAUUGAUAAUCACCGAAAAAAGACAGACAUGAUUCUCUUGAAAUUUCUUGUUAUUCAUUGAUGAUGCGGCAUUUAAACUGUUUUUACCUUGUCCAGUAAGAAUCUUAAAUUUGGCAAUUUUAGAGGGCGAUCUGAACAAAAAAUCCAUUUAAAUAUAAUUUAAAUAUACUAUUUUUUAAUUUUUAUUUAUGUUUCUGUUAUACAUAUACAACCAAAACUCUUGGUAAUUAAAUUAAAUAAAGAAAAUCCUCUGUUAACUUAAAUGUAAA